UGAAAAAACAUAAGAUGGUUGCCCAACUCAGCCUAUAUUUAACAAAAACCAUUAUUUAUAAAUUUUCAGCUAACAAUUGCAUUUUUGUAUUUUUUUAAUUUUUUAAAUAUGAUGUGUAAUUUUUAAAAUCCAAAAGCUCUUAUUCAGAAAGAAAACCAAAUAGGUCCUUAAAUUGGAAGUGACGUAAAAUUUCAAAAAUUUGCCUCGCUCAAGCUCCUGACCGUUAACUCUCCACAGAAAUUAAAAAAGAGACCGUUAAUUCUCUGCACAAUCUCUCUCCCAAACCCAAUAAACCAUUUGAAUCGAAAAUUUGAAUAAGCAAACUACAAUGGGAAGACUUCCGGCGAAAAUUGACUACGAGAAUCUCAGAAAUGCUCGAAUCUUGGAGAACCAGGCUCGCUUGGCAACAUUGGGAUUGCAGAAAACCCUAUCGGAACUCCGAUCCGAAGCUUCUUCUCGAAAACCGGUGAAGAACCAUUUCAGAAGUUACACCAAGAAAAUCUACGGAAUCGAAACUCUGCGCCGUUCCAACCGGUUGAAGCAAAUCGCAGCUGAAAGAACAACAAUCUCUAAGAAUACUGAUAAGUUACGGCGAUCCGACCGGUUAGGAAGGAAAAUAAAAGUGGAAAAUGAAAAGGAAAACCCCAUUUCAGGGAAAGUGGUUGUUUAUGGAGAUGGUAAAGAGAGUGAACAUAGUGGUGGAAGUGAAGAGAAUAGUAGGCCUGCAAAUAUGCCUUUGGUGAAGAUGAACGGUAAGGAGUUUCGGCAGCCUUCGCCGGAGUCGUCUUCUCGGAGAUGCAAUAGCAAAGGCAGGGGCAGUGUUUAUGACCCUGUUUUCGGAAUUAGCUGCCAUUUCUGCAGGCAGAAGAAAUUGUGUGGUGAGGAAGAUUGCAAAAGAUGUGGUGAUUUUGAUAUGGAUCAACCAUGCAUUGGGAAAACGGAUUGUUCAGUUUGUCACUCUAACAAUGGUGUUCUUUGUCGAGGUUGCCUCAAGGUUAGGUAUGGCGAAGAAUUGGAGGAGGUUCGACAGAGAAAGGAUUGGAUGUGUCCUCACUGCAUAGAAGAAAAGGGAAUAAACCCUUAUUGGAUAUGUAAUAGCUCAUUCUGCCUGAAGAAGAGAAAGAUGGCUCCAACUGGGAUAGCAAUAUACAGAGCUAAGGAGAUGGGAUAUGAAUCUGUGGCGCAUCUGUUAAUGGAUCAGCUUCAAAAGAGUAUAAUGCGCAAGAGAUGAAGAUAAGCUAGCUUGAGAUCAUUAUGGUUACUGAGUAUUAAGCUAAAAUAUAACAGGGACAGCAAAUUAUGAUUCUUACCCUUAGUAGGAUUUAUUCUGCUGAUGUGUUUUGAGGAGCAAACCUUUAUGUACAUCUGUACCUGACUUUUCACUUUUUGUCUUGACAUCAGUUGCAUGUAUUUCUGGAUGUGCAUCUCACAACAAAAUGAAAUGCGGCUAGUUUAAAUACACAUGAAUUGUCAAAGGCUCAA